AGCUGUAGCUGGGGCGACAGUGCGGGCUCCGUGCGGGGCAGCUGUCUCCCCACCGUGUGCCCAGUCGUUCCGGGUGUCAUGCUGUGGCCAGUAAUGCUGUAAAACAGAGAUACCGGCCUCGCCUCUACCAGGCUGGGCGGCACACUAGCUACAGCUAUCGCGGAGAACGUGCCGGUGCUGUGCCUCGCAGGCCCCCAUAAUAUGCUCGCUGCUGCCCACAUGCAUCUUCUCCUCCCCCGCCGGCAGCCCCGGAUCAUGUGACGGCUGUGUCACGUGAUGCUGCUGCUGCUCUCGCAUCACGUGACGUUAUUGUUACUACACCCGGCCAGCACAGCCAGGAGCCCGGGCUCGGAGUUUGACAGCCCCUGAUCCCCCAUCCUUCUGGCGGUAUAAUGAGGAGCACAGGGUCUACAGAAGAUUUUGCUUCUGUCACGGAUACAUAUCUGGGCAAUGUGUGUCUUUAGAGCUGUAGGUAAUUCCCUGGUUGGGCAAUACAUUUAUACGAACCCUAUCACCAGUGAACAAGAUGUCUAACUGGAGAGAUUUGUGAACUCUAUAUCGUUGCUCUAAAUUCAUCAUCAAGAAAGAAAAAUGGUGCAGCUGUACAAUUGCCAUCCCUUUGGUUCGCAAAGGAUUGUGCCCACCAAGCAGGCGCCGGAAGUGUUUUGCUGUGGCCGGGACAGUGUGUUUGUGACUUGUGCUGGUGGCUGCAAAGUGGAAGUAUUCAACGUGUGCAAGGAGCAAUGCCAACCAGUGUGCAGUUUUAACACCCUGGGGAAAGUGCUGCAUAUGAGCUAUAGUGAAGUAGGAGAUUAUUUGGUUACCAUUGAGGAGAAAAACAAUAUUUCGUCUCUGCGGACAUAUGUGAACUGCAGAUGUCAGUCUACCGGGAGCUCUCGGGUCAGCGUACGGAUGGUUGGCCUCCAGUUAGACUCUCUCCAUACUGCAGUCUCAAAAGAGCAAAUGGAAAUCAUAGAAAUGCCGAUCUCUGAAAAGCCUCUCUGUCUGUCUUGCUGUCCUGCGCGAGGAGACCUCCUGGUUGGCUGCGAGAACAAGCUAAUGCUCUUCCGCUUAAAGUACAUUUCCAUCGGUGAUGCUUCUGUGCUAGAUUUCGACAGAUCCCUGGUUAUACACAUAUCCGGAAUUGUACCUGCACAGUUGUCUUUCUGUGCCAGUUAUAUUGGUAUCUUGAGUGAUCUGGAAGUCUUUGUGUUUAGGAUGGCCUCCGAGCCCCUGAAAGGAUCUCUUACUAGACCCACAAAUCUAACAGAUCUACAAACAGUCCCAGAAAAAGGUAACAAAGAUGCUCUUUCAUUGACGUCAUCUCAUCCAUUAGAGUGCGAGGAUUUUGUCAUAUGUGAUAGGCCUGUAGAACUUGUUGGUGAAGAGUGUAAACCAUACAACAUUAUAGUAACCCCAGAGUCAACAGGGUUGUCCCCUGAUUCGCAAAGUUCUUUCUAUGUAAAUUACAUGUUGUACAGGCGGUUUACACCGGACUUAACGGAUGGUUUCAGUGUUGAAAGCACAAGAUUACAUUCUCUGCAGCUCCUGCCUAUGUAUAGGAUUGAUUCGAAAAGCAGGAGUACAGAAAAGAAACUGCUGAGCCUGUUCUGUUUCUUCUCCAUGCCACAUGCUGGCUACUUGUACACUCUAGUGAAUGUGGUAGAGCUGAUAUCCGUCUAUCAGUAUCCAGAGAGGUCCCAGCAGGCGGUUCUGACUCCUCAGUUCCUACAUGUCAUUACCAGUAACAACCUGCAGUGUUUCACAGUGAGGUGCAGCGCAGCAGCAGCUCGGGAGGAAGACCCUUAUAUGGACACCACUAUGAAGACUUGCCCACCUGUGUCCCUUGAUGUCUGUACACUGAGAAUGCAGUUGUUUAUAGGACUGAAAGCAAUCCAGCACUUUAACAACUAUAUAAUCAUCUUGACUAAAGCAGAUGUUGAUUGUAUGACGGAUAAAGGGAAAAACAGCAAAAGAUCUGUAAGAAAGUUGGGCAGUAUAAAGAACAAAGCCUCAGCUGAGACAGAACCUAGCUGGAAUCUAUACAUUGUGAGCACUACACCUGCUGUCCAACUCUACAAAGAAAUGGUAGAGUAUAGCAGGAUAUAUGAGACUAUGAAAACACAUGGCACCAUUCACCUUCUUAGCGAAGCUCAUCUGCUGCUUAAGGCAGCUCUAAUGGAUCCAGACUUGGUGGAAUCUGCAGACAAAGAGGAACUGGUGUCAGCAUUCAGAGAGAGCUGUGCACACUUGGGGGACUGUUUCAGCAGGUUGGACACAAAAAACUCCCAUUUGGCACUCCCUUACUACAAGAUGUCUUGCCUGUCUGUGUCUGACAUUGUAGACCGUAUACUUUGCAAAGAUCUAACGCAGGACUAUGGGAAAGGCUUUAUGUUUUACCUCAAACACACACUUUUUGAAGAAUUGGAUGAACAACUGAGUGAAGAAAUGGCCUUGAAAGUGUUGCAGAUCUUUAAUGCCACAGAACCGAGCCAACUGCCUCAUGUAUUGUGUAGUCCUUGUAUGACUAACGCUUGUCCCACAAAGUCUGUGGAGUUCUUGGAAAAGUUAGAAAAUUCGGCCCCCUCAGGCCUUCUUUCGCUUACAAAGGCAGCCAUGGCCCUGAGGAUGCAAGACCUCCAGAUGUAUGAGGCAGCAAUUCAGCGCCAUUCAGAGAUGCUGGUGCUGUGUGGUUUUCUGGAUGAGCCAAGGCUGGUUAUGAGGCGUAGAAAUGGAGAGAUUAUACCAACAGAGAUGGCUUUUCACUUCCGAGAUACUCGGCCUGGACUUCUAGUAGCUGUAGUGGUGUCUCUUCACGAAAACAGUAAAAUGAAUCUGAAAGAAGCAGAGCUGUUCUUUAAGGUUUUAUGUGAGAAAACUGAUGAAGAUGUUCCACAAAUACUUGUAGAUUUUUGGGAGGCUCGUCUCACCUCAUAUCCCCCAGAGUCUGUUCUACAAGACAUACUGUUUAAACUUACAUCUCACUAUGUGUGCAGAAUAUGCAAACCACAGCAUGUGUGUGUGACAUCCUUAAAGUCCCCAGAAGAUCUGAGUAAUUCCUGCAGUCAUUUUGGAGUAAUCAGCCCUUGGAUAACAAAGAUGGUAUCUUCAGAAUCCAUAUGCUGCCUCCGCUGUGGAGACUUGAUGAAGCUACAGUCCCUUCUCUGUGGACCUUCUUUGGAAAUAGCAUCUUUUCUUCCAUUUUUGAACUUCAUACCAGAAGAUAAAAACUCAUUUUUGAGCAUCCACAUUAUAUGUGCAACACGCCUCCUGAAUUAUGAGGUCUCUAUAGAGAAACUCCUGGAACACUGCCCUGAAGCUGUUACAUUGUAUGCAAGACAUGAGCUAAAAGAUGGAAGCCAGACUCUGUGGUGGAACAAGUUGCUACCUGAACUAUGCAAUCGUAUUCGAGGAAAUGAAAACGCAAAUGAAGUAUUUAUCUCAUCUCUAAAAGACACUUUGGAGGUGAUUGCUGUGGAACUUGACCUUCAUGACUUUCUGACUGUGCUGCCUGAUGAUGGAAUUGCAGCAUUUUUUUUGCCUUACCUUGUAAACCAAAGCAAAGGAAAGCUUGUUGCUUGAAUCAUCCACCUGCUUUGUAUCCUACGCAGAGUGGAUUGUGAGAUCUGUGGAGUGCAAUAAACUACAGAACAAC